UCCGUUUUCUUGACAAAUAAAAACAAAGCCCAAAAUGAACGCUUGAUGACAAUUACAAAAACUCGUGGCGCGUGUUCUCAGUGAAACUCUAAAGAUGCUUGUGCCCUUCCAGUUGAAACUGACGCCGGUGCAGAUGGAUACGGUCAGAAAGAGCUACAUUUCCAAGAAAGACGGCUACGGGGUGCAAGUUCUUCUGAUUAUUCGUGAACAUUACUCCGCCACUAAGUACAGCUUCCCCCAGGACCUGGACAUCACAGUGAACGAGAAGCCGUGUGCUCUGCCAGCAACGCACGGCCCCAUAAACAUUGCCGACCAUUUGAAACUUCACUGCUCGAACUUUAUCAACAAAAUAAAACUGCAAUGGUGCUCGGACGACACUCGCACCUUUGUUAUUAAAUUGUUUUUGGCUAAGCAGCUGUCCGUCAACCAAAUGUUGGACCGCAUACGGAACAGGCCGAUGAUGCCAGCAGAACGUGUUCAGAAAAUGUUUUUGGCAGAGAAUUUGGGCCGCGCGAUGCCCAACAUACCCGUACCCGCACCCGUAAUAGUUUCGCUCAAGUGUCCGGCGGGAAAGGUGAAGAUUCGAGUGCCGUGUCGCGCCUCAACCUGUUCGCACUUUCUGUGCUUUGACGCUGGCGCCUACCUGGCAAUGAACAAGCGUGAGGCGAAAUGGAUAUGUCCAGUGUGCCACAAGCAGGCCCUGUACGAGGAUCUCGUUAUAGAUGGAUAUUUUCAUCACAUUCUAAACUCUGGACUACUAGAGGAAUACGACGAGGAGAUACAGGUACACGAGGAUGGCGCGUGGAGUGUUCCGCGACUCGCGUCCCAGAAUAACAAUCAGCCUAUUUCGCACAUAGCUAAAACAUCACUGCACGACUCUAAGGAUGAUAUUCUGUAGCAAAUCACAUGCACAAAUCAUUUUUCUUAUAUGUAAGCGGAAAGAUUUUCACAUAUCAUCGAUGUACACACAUUCGUUGCACACAUGUGUGUGU